AUGCAAUUAGCCUUUCUGGACUUUGAAGCCGCUUUCGACUCUUCUCAUCAAGGCAGUAUUCUUAACGCGCUCCGCGCCGACAGUCCCAGGGAAUACGACAAAUUGAUCAGUGAGUGUCCUGCCGAUAUCAUUCUAGCACCAUCAGGGUGCCCCUUGACUGAUCUCGAGUACGCCGACGAUGUUAUAUUCGCGGAAAGCACUACUAAACUUCAACAUUUUGUCAACCUUGUAUCGAAGUUGGCUCCAGAAUAUGGAUUACGUCUACGCCCUGAUAAAUGCAAGCAGAUGUGGAUCUCUUCGAGACCUCGGACGGGAAUCAGGUUGGACGGACAACCGAUAGAACUCGUCGAUGAGUUCUGUUACCUAGGCUAG